AUGAUGAAGUGUCAAAGUAUAAUUUGUAUAUAAAGGACGUUUAAGGAGAUGGAAACUGUCUGUUUCGUUCAGUUGCAGACUAGUUGGAAGGUGAUGAAAAUAUGCAUAUGUAUUAUAGGAAAAUUGCAGUUAAUUAACUCAAAAAAUAAGAAGAAUUCUUUAAAAAUUUUGUCUAUGAUAUAGAAUUUGACUAAUACCUACAUGAAAUGUCUUAAUUAGGAGUAUGGGGUGGAAAUUUGGAAAUUUAAGCUCUUUCGGCUGCACUAGGGCAUAAUUUUAUCAUCCAUUUAAAAGGAAAGCCUUACUUAGUUAUUAAAGGCCAGGCUAUUAAAGGGAUAUAAAAGAAAACUAUUCAUUUAGCAUACCACUCUGAAGAAGAUAUAGCAGAGCAUUAUAGCUCAAUUAGAAAUAUCGGAGAUGACGAAAAAAGAAAUGAAUAAAGAUGAUGUAAAGGAAUGUAUUGAAAUUUAAGAUAAUUAGUCAGAAGAAAAUGAUGAAAAUACUGAUUAGAUAUAAUAAGAAAAUAAAGAUAUACAUAAAAAUGAAACAAAAAAAAGUAAGCAAUCUAAAAUAGAAAUUGCUAAGUUAAAAAAAGAAAAAGAAAAAUAGAAAAAAGCUGAAAGACAGACUUAAAACCAAAAGCGAGAAAAAACUCAUAAAUCUAAGAAGUAAUAAGUUUAAGAUAAUUCAGAAGAAUAAAUAGAUGUUGGCGAUGGGGAUGAUAUUGAACAAAAUGAAAAUCAAGAAAACUAUAAUGCUGAUAAUUCUUAAGAAAAACCUUUAGAAUAAAAUGAAAACAUAAAUUAAGAAAAUAUGAAAAGAAAAGAAGAAAAAAAAAUUAAAGAUUUGGUUUGGUAACUUGCUUCAAUUUAAUUAUAAGAAGAUGUUUCAAAUAAUAAAAUAGAAGGAUAGUCAAAAUUAAUUAAAUUAGGGAGAAAUUAAAAAUGCCAUUGUGGUUCUUUGAAGCCUUACAAAAAAUGUUGCGAAUCAAAAGACUUGAUAAAUAAUUAGUAAAACGCAAACAAAAUAUAAAAUAGGUUAGAUAACUUAAAGGAUGUAGUAUUUAUUUGA